AUGGAGUGGGAGGCGGAGAUGGGGACCGUGGAAGCAACGAAUCUGGGGGUGUGGCUUAAUAAUUUUGGCCAGGACAAGAAAAGGACGGUCACAUACCACCUCACCAAGGAGGAGGGCCCACCCCACAAUCCAAGGUUCACCUACAGGCAGCAGAGCCUCCUUGAAAACACAAUGAACAUCCCCAUCGCCUCCAUCCUGCGGGGUCUGGGAGGAAAAUGUGUUCUCGACUGGGCGCUGGUGUUCUUCCAGAGGAAACACAUCUGCCGAAGCUUCCUGGGAGUUUUCAGUGUGUCCCUGGCCGUCGUCGACACCCUCCUGACCCUCUCCGUCACCGCCGUGCACCUCCAGGCUGAGGGACACCUCCUGGGCUUAAAGCUGACCCGGUACCACGUGUGUCUACUGGUCCAGAUCCUCGGAGAAGUGUACAGCGCUCUGCAGUGGCCUGUCGUGAUCGUGGCCGGUUUGGACCAUUUCUUCUCCGUCACUCGGAGGUGGCAGGCCUCCAGCAGGUUGAGCCUCUUUGGGAGCGGCCUGCUGUGGAUCCUCUCUGCUCUCUACGUCUUCCUGCUGUCUGACUUCAGGCCCAUCAUGGAGGAAGUGUUUCACAUCCAGAUCCACCAGUGCUGGGUCUUUCACACCUCUCAGAUCCUGCACAUUGCUACAUCUCUCCUCCUGAUCUUGGGCUGUGUCGCGUUGCAUGCUGGGCGCCUGACAUUAAAACAUCCUCCUUUAAAAGAUCAAACUACAGACCAAAGUAGAGCUCACUCCAGAAGAAGUUUUGUUCUCCAGACCCUGCAUAUAUUUCUGAACACAUGGGCUCUGCUCCUGGUGAUCCUGGCCGUGCUCCUCCUGCUGCCUGUGGGGAUACCUGCGUACCUGGGCCUGAACGGAGCCUGGCUCUGCUUCCUCAACAGCCUCCUGAUAGCAGUGGUUUUAUGUGCAGUGUGUCCAGCCUCGCAGCUGGGGCAGGGCGGGGGGGCCGUGCCCCCCGACAGCUUCUGUGAGUGGAGAUUUACACUUAGCCCGCCUUCGGAGGACAGAGCACGAUCACACAGGUAA